GUGACCUGUAGUCACUAUAGCACAGAGACAAUGGAAGAAGCUACCCAAACAUCUGCAAAGGUGGCAUCAAAACCAGAGAGCAAAAAUCAGAUGAAGACCCAUAAGGAGGAGGAGAAUGUUGGAAAGAAUCAGUUGAGUUCCAAAGAGGAGGAACAUCAGGGCAAGAACAAGGAUCAAGAACCAGAAGAGACCUGCCCAUGGGCAGAUUCAUCGGGAUCUGCAAAAUAUAUCUACAACCGCUUUCUGUCCGAGGCUAGAAAUGACAGUACAUGGAUGCUGGAUAAGAGCAAUAUGGCAACACUGAUGAAAUGUUUGACAAUUAAGAAAAGAAUCAAAGUCCAGACUGCUAAAUACUCGUAUUUCCAAGCUCUGGUAGAAGAGUCUGAUAAUACCAGAAAAAAGACUCAAGGAGCCACCCUGAUAGAAAAAGUCACUAAGAAAUUGGAGACCAUAGGGGUGCCCCAACAGGUGAAGAGAAAGUUCUUUAUUUUGACAGCAAAAUAUUUAUACUAUAGGUCUCUGACUCAGGGUGUACCUGAAGAGAAGCUGAUACAGGAUCCACAGUUGCGGAAGGCGCUGAUAUGGACCGCCAAAUACUUGUAUUUUCUGUCUUUGAUGAAUACCCUGACGGAAGAAAUGGUCCAGUACCAAAAUGAACAGAAGCUCUUAAAGCCAUGA